AUGUUAAAACAAGCCCUUUCCAGAUCAUCCAGAGCCAUUUCAUCGAGCUCAAGGACAAUUGCACAACGACCCAUAAUACGAUCGCAAUUCUCCCCAGCGCCUUUAAAUUCCCUACGAUCCGGACUCCCCACAAGCACAAGAUGGUAUAGCGACCAAACAGAAUCCGCAGCGAAGAAGGAAGGGGAAGGCCCAACCUCACAAGUGGAAGCUAAAGAUGGCGAGACUGUCAAUGCGCCGUCGGACGCUGAGGCGGAAUUAAAGAAAAAGCUAGAAACCAAGGAAAAAGAAGUCGUUGACUGGAAGGACAAAUACCUUCGAUCAGUAGCUGACUUCCGCAACCUUCAAGACCGAACGCAAAGGGAGAUGAAGGCGGCACGCGAUUUUGCUAUUCAAAAGUUCGCCAAGGACUUAGUUGAUAGCGUCGACAACCUCGACAGAGCUCUAACGAUGGGCCAAGAGAAGAUUAAGGCAACAGCAGAGGAGAACAAGAACGAGGAUCUGAUGAAUUUCUACGAAGGUGUCAAGAUGACCGAAACCAAUAUGCUCCAAACUCUAGCGAAACACGGCUUGGAACGGUUCGACCCCGAGGGCGAAAAAUUCAACCCCAACGAGCACGAGGCUACCUUUAUGACGCCAAUACCCGAUAAGGAGGACAACACUGUCUUCCACGUCCAGCAAAAAGGAUUCAAAUUGAACGGAAGAGUGCUCCGUGCCGCCAAGGUUGGCGUGGUCAAGAGCCAAUAA